ACCAGGUGGUUCAUGCUGCGCAUGUCCAAGACAAACGCUAACGCUGCCUUUACGUACUAUCAGAAUACUGUCCUUUCAGUGUGUAGCCACUUAAAAGACAGCGAAACAGAUAAAAAUCUACUUCCAGUGCUGAGGGGAACUAACGUCUCGUGUUAUGGGAGAGACACGGAGGUCAGACGAGCGGUGGGCUGUCAACAAUGAUGUCCGAGUAAAACGAGCCUGCUGCCGCAUUGACAGCUGUCUGUUGAUACUGUAGCACCGUAUUUUCUCGCAGAUCAACAUACAUUGGAAACAUGCCUGGGAAACUGAAGGCCAAAAUUGUGGCAGGGCGCCACUUGCCUGUGAUGGACCGAGCCAGUGACCUUACUGAUGCUUUUGUAGAGGUAAAGUUUGGAAACACAACUUUCAAAACAGAUGUCUGUCCCAAAUCCCUCAAUCCACAGUGGAACUCAGAAUGGUUCAAAUUUGAGGUUGAUGAUGAGGACUUGCAGGAUGAGCCAUUGCAGAUCACAGUGUUGGACCACGACACAUACAGUGCUAAUGAUGCCAUCGGGAAAGUUUACAUUGACAUUGACCCGCUGCUGUGCAGUGAGGCUGCCUCUGUCAUCUCUGGCUGGUUUCCCAUCUAUGAUACCAUCCAUGGUAUCCGAGGGGAGAUCAAUGUCCUCAUCAAAGUGGAACUCUUCAAUGAUUUGAACCGCUUCAGACAGUCCUCCUGUGGGGUUAAGUUCUUCUGCACCACGUCCAUUCCACGGUGCUACCGAGCAGCAAUGGUGCAUGGGUUUGUGGAGGAACUUGUGGUGAAUGAAGAUCCAGAGUACCAGUGGAUCGACCGUAUUAGAACUCCUCGGGCCUCCAAUGAGGCUCGUCAGAGGCUCAUCUCUCUUAUGUCCGGUGAGCUGCAGAGGAAAAUAGGGCUUAAGGUACUGGAGAUGGGCGGGAAUGCAGUGGUGGGCUACUUGCAGUGUUUCGAUCUGGAGGGAGAGUCAGGCCUGGUGGUCCGGGCCAUAGGUACCGCCUGCACUCUGGACAAACUCAGCUCUGGAAGCGCCCCCAACAUCAACACGCAUGUGCACCCUAACACAGCCCCUGCUUCCAAUGCCUGCAAUUCCCCUUCUAAGGAUGGAAAGGAGCUGCUAUUUGGUGAGGACCUGCCCUCGUUCUCCGGCCCGCCUACCCCUUUCAGAGCCCUUCCCACCUCCUCCUCCUCUCCUCCCCCCUUCUCUCCCUCCAAGCCAUGCAGCCGCCAGUCCUCAUCAUCUGACACAGACCUCAGUUUGACGCCCAAGACGGGAAUGGGAAGCGGGGGCAGCGCCGGGAAGGAGGCAGGACCUCUGAAGACCCUUCUCAGACAACAAACGCAAACCACUCUUGAACAGAGGGAGUUUCCCUUCUUCACUUUGACGUCUUUCCCACCUGGUUUUCUGGUCCAUGUCGGUGGAGUGGUUAGCGCUCGCUCUGUCAAACUACUGGACCGCAUUCACAACCCUGAUGAGCCAGAGACUCGCGAUGCCUGGUGGGAGGAGAUUCGCCAGGAGAUCAAAUCUCAUGCCAAAGCUCUUGGUUGCCAUGCUGUUUUGGGAUACAGCGAGAGCACUAGCAUCUGUGAGGAGGUGUGUAUCCUGUCAGCAUCAGGCACAGCAGCCAUCCUGAAUCCUCGAUACAUGCGUGAAGGUUGCCUAGACAUGGGAAGCACCGAUCACAGGUUUGAGGAGCCGUCUCCCCCAAGCUGUGGUUUCUGUCAUAUUCCGUAUGAUGAGCUCAACAUGCCGUUUCCUGCUCAGCUCACAUACUGUUACCACUGCAGACGACAAAAGGUUCCUGAUGUGUUGUUCACAACAAUCGACAUGCCACCAGAAGCAGCCGUCACAGGGAAGGGCUGCCUCAUCCAGGCCAGACUGUGUCGUCUGAAGAAGAAAGCCCAGGGUGAAGUGAAUGCGACAGUCAUCUCCAACCUGCUGCCUUUUAUGGAAUACGAGCUGCACACUCAGCUGAUGAACAAACUGAAGCUGCGGAGCAUGAACGCUCUGUUUGGCCUACACAUACAGAUCAGUGUUGGCGAGAACAUGCUCCUGGGUCUGGCUUCUGCUACAGGAGUGUACCUGACAGCACUGCCGGCACCAGGGGGCAUUCAGAUUGCAGGAAAGACUCCUGGCGACCUGAGCAAUGAGCACCACAUCCUCACCAUCCAGAAAAGGAUCAACGACACCAUAGCCAAGAACAAAGAGCUUUAUCAAAUAAACCCCCCGAAAUUAUUUGCCCUGGACCCCGAGGUGUUCGGCGGCAUAAACAUGGAACUGACAGAGGAAGUGGUGGGUUCUCCGAUCCCUGAGCCGAGGCAACGCUCCAGACUUCUUCGCUCCCACUCAGAGAGCUCAGAUGAACUGUCAGAACUGGACCUCUCCCAUGGCAAGAAGGAUGCCUUUGUCCUGGAGAUUGAUGACACUGAUGCUGUGGAGGACAUCCACUCCCUCCUCACUGAUACCCCUCCCCCCACAGGUUUCUAUAGCUGCAACACUGAGAUCAUGCCUGGGAUUUACAACUGGACUUCAGGAGUGCAGAUGUUUACAUCGGUGAGGGUCUUUAGGUUGAGUAAUGCCAAUCUUACUAACCAAGGCUUGAACAAGAUCUUCACUGACCUAUGUGAGAAUCUGUUGAAGAGUUUUUACUUCAAGUUGCGCUCUAUGAUCCCCUGCUGUCUUUGUCAUCUCAACGUCACUGUAGCAGUGCCAGAAGAAGAACUCAUACAGGUCGCAGUGACAGCAGUUGCCAUGACGUUUGACAAGGACCAGACUCAGGAGAAGCCAGCAGACAAGCCUGUCACCAAAGGGUGCAAUGAGACUGAAGAGCAGCUGCAGUUUCCCUUGGAGUUGUGCGCAGACUCAUCAUCCACCAACACUCAGCCAUCAUCCAAAAUCUCAGGUGUCCCCGAGAGUACCAACAUCUCACCCAGAGCUGCCUCCGUUGAUUACGGUUCCUUUGCAGACAGAUGCAGCACCUGGCUAGAGCUGCUUAGGCUGAAAGCUCACACCAUAAGACGAGGAUCAGUUAAGACAAGUAGGAGGACACAGUCUCUAGCACACUCUGUCUCAUCUUCGGAGCGCUGCAGUCCGCUGCCUGAGGGACGAUCCCGCUCGCUGCGCUCCAACCGCUCGUUUGGGGGCAGUUCAGUCACCGUGGUGAAGAUGACGCCGCUCUCCUUCCUCCCUGGGCUACGCAUCAUUAAAUACCUAGGGAUCAUCAACAUGUUUUUUAUCAGAGAGACAACAUCAUUAAGGGAGGAAGGUGGUGUUAGUGGCUUCCUGCAUUCAUUCAUAGCAGAGGUGUUUGCAAUGGUUCGAGCUCAUGUAGCAGCCCUGGGUGGUAAUGCAGUAGUGUCUUACAGCAUGAAAGAGUGUGUGUUAAUGGAAAAUCCAAACAAGAACCAGGCUCAGUGUCUCAUCAAUGUGAGCGGGGAUGCCGUCAUCUGUGUCACGGAAACAGAUCAGGAGCUCAUGCACUCAAUAACAAACAUGGGACAGACCUGUAGUAGCGGAGCCGAUGGGGCUACAUGACGAUGAAACACAGAGCUUCAAUCUGUUUGCAGGACACACAAUCUGAGUGAACACAUUCUGAGUCUAGCCAUCCAAGUAAGAGUCAUUUAUGUCUGCCUUAAAACUCUGUAAAAGAUCCAAAGGUUUGGAAAGAGGUAAUAAAGAGCAAGUACUCAAACACA